UUGGUUGCUCUCUCUGAAAAAAGACCAUUCUCUCUCUAAUAUCUCUCAGUUAUUUCAUCUUAUUUCUUUUUUUCUUUGGUAAGAAUUUCUUCUUAUUCUUCUCAUAUACCCAUAACGUUAAAACUGUGCCAUCUCAUGGAUAAGCAUCUUAGGACGAAGCAAACCAAGACCAACCCUAUUCUUACUUCUUCAUCUGAAGUGAGUAGUCUUGAGUGGCAAGCUGUGAACAUGAAUCAAGAAGAAGAGGACUUGGUCCGUAGAAUGCAUAAGCUUGUCGGUGACAGGUGGGAGUUGAUAGCUGGGAGGAUCCCAGGAAGAACGGCAGCAGAAAUUGAGAGGUUUUGGGUCAUGAAGUAUAAUUGAAUGUGUUACAAAAAAAAGUAUAAUUGAAUUCUCUGAAGUUUCACUGAUUGUCUCUUAAUUUUACUUGCCAACUUUGUAAUAAUGAAGUUUUCUUAAAAUAAACCAUUUAAAUUUUUGGCCUUACUAAGAGAAGAAUGAAACAGACUUGGGCUUCUUCCAGUAAAUAAGGCCGACGAGUGUAAUAUGUAGGCCGGCCCAAUCAUUUACUUUUCUACAUUUCUCAAGUCAAGACAAAGUUGAUACAACAAAUAUGAAUCCGUCAAAGGGAAGUGAUUGUAUAUAUGGAUUUCAACACAGACUAACACGUUGGAAAGUGGCAAAUAAAAAAUAGGAAAAACGUUGGAAAGUAAUAAAAAAUAGGAAAAUUUUGGAGAAAUACCUUUACAAGAUUUUAUUUUGAAAACUAUAUCAUCAUAUAAGUUUUUGGAGAACUACACUUAUUCAUAAGUCAAAUUACCCAAAUAUCCAAUUGAAAUGUUAAUAAUUAUUUUAGCACCUAAUUUUUUUUUAAUAAACAUAAUUAACUUUAGAAUUAUAUGCGUUUAAAAGAGAAUCUUUUAAACUCGUUCCUUGCCAAACAAAAUGAUAGGUGUGACCUCGUGGAAUCACAGCUUUAAAAAAAGUUGUAGAGAAACACACACACAAACUUUUGCGCAAUAAUUCUUGGCUCUUUUGGCUUUUCAUUGAUUUAUAUAGAAGCAAAUACAAGAGGAAGGUGGAGACAUCUUCUCCAUGCGAGUACAAUAAAACAUCUAUAAAUUAAUACUUCAUAAAUUAAUAAACUCUAUAAAUUAAUAAAUUUUGUUAGUCCUAAUUUGGGCCGGUUCAAAAUUUGAUAUAAAAUGAUAAAAUAAUAAAAUAAUAUUUUUUUAGAACAUUCGAUGUAAAUAUAUGAUCCACUAAAAUUAUAAAUUAAUUAUUUAUAUGUAUACAUAUUUUAUAUGAGUAAGAACCUUUUAUUAUAUUGUUUGUUUUAUAUUCACAAUGAAAUUAUCUUUAUAUUUUCUUAACACUUAAUAUAUUUUUGAUGAGAUUUAGUAAUAUUAUAUCUAAAACCAUAUUUAACUUCUAUGCAAUAUAGAUUAUAUACACAAUAUAAUAUAAAUGUCAAAUUUUUAGAAAAUAACAAUUAAUGUGUAUACAAUAAAAUCAAAUAUUUUAUUAUUUUAAAAUAAAUAUAUCUUAAAAUAAAAAAUAUAAAUCAAAAAACUUUUGUAAAUUAAUAAAUUAAUAAAAUUUCAAAUUCUCAACGUUAUUAAUUUAUAGAGGUUCUAGUGUACUUGUACGUGAAAAUGGAAAAGUGGAGAAGGUUGGUUCCUUAACAUAAGGAAGGCACAUUCUCAUUAUUUGUCUGAAACAAAACUUAAGUAAAUGAAAAGAACAGAAGGUCGGUUCUGAAGGUCGGUUCUGUUAUGGUUCAUACUUUCGGUUUGAGAAAAUUGUCCCGGUUAACUUCCUUCGGUUGGUAUAUGUGACUCGUCACUAAGAGCAUCUACAAGAGCAACCUUAAAACCUCAAAUAUAAGGUUUUAUCUACUCCAAGAGCAACCUCAAAAUCUCAAAUUAUAAGGUUUUGUACAGUGAAACCUUAUAUUUGAGGUUUCACUGUACAAAACCUUAUAUUUGAGGUUUCAUAUUUAUUUGGUCCUUAUACUUUUCUGUCUUUUAAAAAUCUUCAUAACUUUCUUGUUUAUCAUUUUAGUCCAUACAAUUUAAUAUCUUUUAUAUAUAUUCUUAUAAAUUUAACUUUUACAUAUAAAUUUCAAUAAAUAUAUAAAUGAUUAAAUAAAAACAAAGCAUAAUAUUUUAAUAAUAUUAAACAAAUAUUAUACAAGACAAUAUUACAUCAAAAUUGGAGAGUCUACGGCAAUCGAAUGCUUGAAGAGAUUUUGUCGUGCAAUGAUAGAAAUAUUUUCAGAGUGGUAUCUCCGGUCACCAACAGCCGAGGACGUUGCUAGACUGCUUAGCAUUGGCCAACAACGAGGAUUUCCAGGAAUGCUAGGCAGUUUAGAUUGUAUGCAUUGAAAGUGGAAAAAUUGUCCAACUGCAUGGGCAGGACAAUUUGCAGGCCGUAGUGGAUCACCCUCAAUCAUUCUUGAAGCUGUUGCAGAUUAUGACUUGUGGAUAUGGCAUGCUUAUUUUGGUAUGCCGGGCAGCAACAACGACAUCAAUGUUUUGAAGUCAUCUAAUUUGUUCUCAAAGCUUACUCAAGGUACCGCUCCUCCAGCUAAUUAUAUUAUUCAAGGGCAAGAAUAUAAUAUGGGUUAUUAUCUAGCUGAUGGGAUUUAUCCGAAGUGGUCAACUAUUGUUCAAAUUAUAAGUGAUCCUCAAGGUCCAAAGAAAAGAUUGUUUGCAGCAAGACAAGAGGCAUGUCGAAAAGAUGUUGAACGCGCAUUUGGUGUUCUGCAAUCCAAAUUUGCCAUCAUAAAAGGACCAUGUCGUUUUUGGAAGAAAGAAGUACCGCAUGAUAUAAUGACAGCAUGCAUUAUAAUGCAUAACAUGAUAAUUGAAGACGAACGGGACAUCAACGCACCGAUUAGAGAUGCAAAAGCGGCGCCAGUGGUACAAGUUGAAAUGGCAGUAAACGAAAAUGCCCGGUUUCAACAAUUUUUAGCUCGUAAUCUACAAAUAAAAAAUAAAGAAGCUCAUCUCUCGCUUCGAAAUGCAUUAAUUGAUCAUAUAUGGGAUCAUUAUGGGAAUAAUAAUAAUAAUAAUGAAUAAUGUAUUUUUAAGUUUUUUAUUUAUAUGUAAUAUGCUAUUAAAAUGUAAUAGUUUAUUAAUAAAUGUUGUUUAAAAUA